AUGCCAAAGGCGAAAAAGCAAGAACCCAAACUAAAAACAUCCUGCAGCAAUUGCACCUCCGCAAAGGUCGGCUGUAAGAAGAAUAACGACGGAUCUGCUGAUUCUUCGAAAUGUCUGCGAUGUAGUCGGCAGAAUGUGGAAUGUGUUUACGAUGUUUCGCAAAGAAAAGGCAAACCUUUCCAGCCCUAUCCGAAUGGCAAAUCUGCCGACAUCGCUCGAAAUGUGAGCCGCAGCCAGGGACAGCAGGAUAUCGAGAGCAACAACGACAACGACAACGACAACGGUAGCAAACCUCAUAACGCCCCUAGGAACGUGGAUAAUGGGGAGGGACAACGGAAUCCUGUCUAUGACAGCAAAAGCAGCCGCAAGAGCGGCAACAACAGCAACAGCAGGACUAUGAACAAGAAUACCACUUAUCCUUGGCCAAAAACGGGCUGGAAUCUAUCAGACUUGGGCCCAGAGAUUGACUUUUCCUCGGUGUCUCAAAAUCUCACUAAUGAUUCUGCAUUGAACUUGCCUCAAAAGCAUGACAUGUGCAGCAUAAUGUCUAAUCUUCGCGUACACCUGUUCAAAUUGGAGAAGCUGCUCAGCAGCACAUACGCAUCCUACAUACCAAAAAGCGUAGCUGAUGAAUACGCCAUCGAGUUUCGCACAAUCCGAGCUAAAAUACAACGACUACUGAACUGCAAGUGUGAUAUAUGCAGAAAUGAUCCUGCCCAGGCAUUCCUCCUGGCUACGCUGAGUUUAAGUUUGAGCGAGAGCUAUAGGAGCAUAUUGAAGAAUCUGGACAUGGCUCUGGGCGAAGUUUUUAAAGAAGCCAGUAAGAUCGACAAUUUGUCAUCAUUAGCUUCUUUGCUAAAGCUUGAACUUGUUCAUUUUAGCGAAAUUUGUCAUCUGAUUCGGGACAAGGGUACCAGGCACACAUUUCUCAAAGCAGUGGGCGAAGCUUAUUAUGAGACGUUAAACGGCCAGGGAGAACUAUGGUCGCGAAGAUUAAACGCGUGGCUUGCAUGUGCCGCAGAUUACUCGCGUCGAUUGCAAUAUCCGUUUCCAGUUCCCUCCGAGGACUGA